AUGAUAUCUUCAAUCAACUCCCAGGCUACCCAGUCCGCCCUGCUCCAAUGGGCUGACGCCAUGCUCACGCUCCUCCCGGACGGGCGGGAAACCACACUGAAAGUCAAGAAACCCGAGAACCUCUUCGACGGCGCCUUCUUCUCUCUGCUCCUCGAAAUACUAGAUCCCAAAUACAACCCCACGAGAUUCGAACAAAGUCUCGCCGCCUCCAUUGCUGGCGAUGACCAGAAGAGGAGGAAUAUGCACAUCAUACAUAUGGGGUUGAUUGACUUUGCGAGGCGUCAGUGUCCCGUCCUCGAGCCUCUAAUCAAGAGGAUCGACUUCCAGGCACUAGACAGGGAGCCUACCAAGACCGGCAUGUUCGAGGUGAAUACUUCUUCGCGACCCUCGUCUUCGUCGUCUUCCGCCUCUUCUCAGUCCUAUACAGCCAACCCUCUCACCAGUCACUCGCAAAGAUUGCCCCAGCCACUAGCUAAGAUUCUUUGCCAGAUCCUCGUCGCUUUCUUGUAUGCUACCUUGAAAAGUGAAGGCGACAACCACCGAUAUGUCAGCUUGAUCAUGCGCCUCGAUCGGACAUGUCAAGGAGCUGCCUACGGGAUCAUACAGGAGGUCGACGCCAAGCUUGGUCAACUGGCGGGCGUGCCCGACAGUGACGACACUGUCAGCAGUAGCUCGCCACACAAGGAUGCUGACCUUGCGCACGAGGCCGUAGUUGCUGACUUGAAGCGUGAGGCUGAUGAUGCCCGGAGACAGGCUGGCGGCUUGAAAAUACGGCUGGACCGUCUGCAAGAUAACUACGACGAGCUCGUGACAAAGCACGAGCAAGUUCAAGACGAGAACGAGCAGAUGCACAAGCAGAUAGAGACAGAGGCUGGUAACUUCGACAGGCAUCGACUCCAACGCCAGCUCAAGGAGGGCGACACACUGAUCGCGAACUUGGAGAACGAGAGAAACUUCUUGUCCGAAGAGAGGGAUAGGCUCAUCAAAGACAAGGCUCGUCUCGAGGCCACUGCGAAGAAAGUAGAGUCUUUGCUUGACGAAAAUCAAGAACUCCGAUCCCACAAUGAAGAACUUUCCAAGAGGGCUAACAUGGCUGACAACCUGAGGAAGAAGGUUGAAGCAAACAAGCACUUGCAGGCCGAGCUUGAGAACAUGCGGAACGAGAAGCUGGAUUCCACCAAAGCCUACACGCAGCUCGAACAGUCGAUGCUACGAAUCGAGGCCUUGAGGCGGGAAACCGAGGCAUACAGUUCCAAGAUGCAGGCAUACGAGCUCGACAUUGCCAAUAUGAGAGAGCAAAAGCUCAUAUUGACUUCCCAGAAUAACGAGUUGAAGCUGCAACUGAGCGGCCUAGAGCAGCAAACCCAGCUGGACGAGGCGGUCUUCCGAGACCUUCGAGAGAAAGUCAUGAUGCUGGAUCCCUCGGCUGUUACGAGCGACUCCAUAGGACCUGCCCCAACUUCCCUUGAAGAUGAGCUGAGCGGAUCCUCCAACGCCGUCUCCGCCAUGGCUAGUCUUGAGGUGCAGCGUCUUCAAGCGGAGAACGCUGUCCUCAAGAGCAGCAUUGGAACGGAGACUGAAAAGGGUCAACUUAUCCAAGAGAUGGAAGACCUGCGCGCUUCUCGUCAGUCUCUGCAGGACAAGUACAACGAGAUAUUCGAGAGAUUCACCGUUGGCCAAAAACAGCUCGAUGCGCUUAUCCAGAACAUGGGCAAAGAUGGGUUAGUCAGAGCGAUUCAGGCGUGCUAUGACGUUGCCCCGGACACAAAGUGGCUGAUGUCAGAUUACUUCAGAGAAGAUGCGUAUUCGAAUCUGCGGACGCAGGUCCUCGCCGAACAGGGUCGAUCCAGGCACCUCGAAAGGCAGCUCGAAGCCUUCCAGCAGCAGCUUGCAGACAAAGACCGGGCUUUGUUGGAGGCCCGGGGCGACUGUAAGGCUAUUCUGCUGGAUUACUACAUGAAUGACGAAGAUGCUGACAACGCGGAAAAAGUCAAUGCGGUCGAGAAGUCCAGUAUGGAUGCCCUGGCCGAGCUCAAGAUUACCGACGGGAUGCUUGCGGUUUCUCUCCGUGCCGAACUCGACGCGGAGAGAAAGAAGUACAAGUCACUGAAGGACGAGUCGGAAGCCAUGCAGAAGCAACUCCUGACCGCCUUCAUCGACAAAGACGAACUUCGCCGUGAGGCCGAGCAAGCCAACCUUGAGUUGCAGAAGGCAGCCGACGGGCACUCCAUCAGUACGGAUAGCAUCAAGCAAUCCGAGAAGAUGGAGAAGCUCCGAACAAAGUAUAGGCAGCUACAGCAGGUGAGUCAGGUUUCUUCGAAUCAGGUUCCUUCGAGCUCGUCUAGCGAUCGCGACGAUGCAGAUGUCGUGGAUGUGGACGUCAAGCGUCGAUCCAUGUGGGAGGCCUUCUACCCGUGGUCCGGGAACAAGGAGCAGCCAGAGAGUGGUUUCUACCCCUACCAGAUGGAGGAUGAUGGGUCCAUCAGCCUGCCAGACCGCCCCGUUUCCAAGAUGAGCCUCCGUGGUGGUGGCGGCUCUUCCGCGGACGUCAGCAUCGUCUCAGGCAUGUCGGGAUAUAACUCCCCAAGCCGGAUGAGUGCUGCGUCCCCGGCGCCCUCUAUCCCGGAGCGCCAGUACACUGGUAGUCCACAAUACGAGCAAGCGGAACUCAAGAAUCGCGAACUCGAGAGGACCCUCAAAGCCGUCCGCGCUGGCUCGGAUCCUGGUGCUCAGAAGGCCCAGUCCGACCAGGUCAUUAAGAACUUGCAGCGCGAAAAUGCAAUGAUCGCUACUGCAUGGUACGAUCUCUCGAGCAGGCUGCAGAGUAACCACGUCGUGUUGCAAAGACGCAAUGAGGUACCGAGGAGCUGGUUGAACAAGCAGCGGCAGAUGGUCAACGCUACGCCUCGGAGAUAG